CGGCCUCCUGGGAGGCUCCCGGGCCGCGCGGUCGCCGCGGGCUGGGGCGCCGUUUCCGCCCCCCGCCGGCCCGCCGUCUCCCGCCCGCCUCAGGUGCCGCGGCCGCGGGUAGGUGCGCGAGGAUGAUCUCACCCGCGCGCUCGGCGCCAGGAGGAGGAGGAGCGGGAGCGGAUCCCACUUCCGGGUAGUGGAGCCGCACGCCAGCGGCAUCUUGCUUUUUCUUCCCCCUCCCCCGGGCCCCCUUGCCGCUCCCUCUUUUCCUUUGAUUCCCAGCCCCACCCGCCAAAAUGAACAGCUCGGACGAGGAGAAGCAGCUGCAGCUCAUCACCAGCCUGAAGGAACAAGCUAUAGGCGAAUAUGAAGACCUUAGAGCAGAGAACCAGAAAACAAAGGAGAAGUGUGACAAAAUUAGGCAAGAACGAGAUGAAGCUGUUAAAAAACUGGAAGAAUUUCAGAAAAUUUCUCACAUGGUUAUAGAGGAAGUUAAUUUCAUGCAAAACCAUCUUGAAAUAGAGAAGACUUGUCGUGAAAGUGCUGAAGCUUUGGCAACAAAGUUAAAUAAAGAAAAUAAGACACUGAAGAGAAUCAGCAUGUUAUACAUGGCCAAGCUGGGACCAGAUGUUAUAACAGAAGAGAUAAACAUUGACGACGAAGAUGCCACCACAGACACAGACAGUGCUGCUGAGACCUGCAUCUCAGUACAGUGCCAGAAGCAGAUCAAAGAACUUCGAGAUCAAAUUGUGUCUGUUCAGGAGGAAAAGAAGAUACUAGCCAUUGAGCUGGAAAAUCUCAAGAGCAAACUUGUGGAAGUAAUUGAAGAAGUAAAUAAAGUUAAGCAAGAAAAGGCUGUUUUACAUGCAGAAGUUCUUGAACAGAGGAAAGUCUUAGAGAAAUGCAAUAGAGUGUCCAUGUUGGCAGUAGAAGAAUAUGAGGAGUUGCAAGUAAACCUGGAGCUGGAGAAGGACCUUCGAAAGAAAGCAGAGUCAUUUGCACAAGAGAUGUUCAUAGAACAAAACAAGCUAAAGAGACAAAGUCACCUUCUGCUACAGAGCACUCUUCCUGACCAGCAGCUUUUGAAAGCUUUAGAAGAAAAUUCAAAACUCAUCCAACAACUUGAAGAAGAGAGAAUUCAGCAUCAGCAAAAGGUCAAAGGAUUGGAGGAGCAACUAGAAAAUGAAACACUGCACAAAGAGAUACACAACCUCAAACAGCAACUGGAGCUUCUAGAAGAAGACAAGAAGGAGCUGGAAUUGAAAUACCAGAAUUCUGAAGAGAAAGCCAGAAAUUUAAAGCAUUCUGUGGAUGAGCUUCAGAAACGAGUGAACCAGUCUGAGAAUUCAGUGCCUCCUCCACCUCCUCCUCCACCACCGCUUCCCCCGCCACCUCCCAAUCCCAUCCGGUCCCUCAUGUCCAUGAUCCGAAAACGAUCCCACCCCAGUGGUAGUGGUGCUAAAAAAGAGAAGGCAACUCAACCAGAAACAACUGAGGAAGUCACAGACCUAAAGAGGCAAGCUGUCGAAGAGAUGAUGGAUAGAAUUAAAAAGGGAGUUCAUCUUAGACCAGUUAAUCAGACAGCCAGACCCAAGGCAAAGCCAGACUCUUCAAAGGGCUCUGAAAGUGCCGUGGAUGAACUAAAAGGAAUACUGGGGACACUUAACAAAUCCACUAGUUCAAGAAGCUUAAAAUCUCUUGAACCUGAAAACAGUGAAACUGAGUUAGAAAGGAUUUUGCGUCGCAGAAAGGUGACAGCAGAAGCAGAUAGCAGUAGUCCAACUGGGAUAUUAGCCACCUCAGAGUCCAAAUCCAUGCCAGUGUUGGGUUCUGUAUCCAGUGUAACAAAAACAGCCUUGAACAAGAACACUCUGGAGGCAGAAUUCAACAGCCGGUCUCCCCUCACACCUGAGCCAGGUGAAGGGUCCUGUAAAUUGGAAGGAUGCACAAGUUCCGAUGUUACAUUUCAGCCUCCCAGUAGCAUUGGAUACAGAAGGAGAUAUGUUGGCAGUGAGAGCAAAGCUGAACCAAUCAUAGUUUUAGAUCCUGUUUCCACAAGCGAACCCCAAACCAAAGACCAGGUUGCUGAAAAAGAUCCAGCUCAAUGCAAAGACGAUGAAGGUGAAACUAAACCAGAAUUCAAAGAAGACAGUGCUGAAAAAAUGAGAGAGACAGACAGCUCCAGCUGCUGAUCCAUCCACCGGAGUGCUGACCUGUUUGGAAGUCCUUCUCCAUAAGCUCAUGAUUCAGUUUGGUGUGUGAUCAAGGGCUACAGAGUUCUGUGUGGCCCCUGUGUUCACAGUACAGGUUCUUUCCUGGUGUCACUUUUGUAAGUAGCAACUGUAAGCAUAAAUAAGCUGUUUAGCAAAAUAUACACAUUUUAAGUAGUUUUUGGCUUUUGAACUUUAUAGGGGUAAGAUUUUUUCUAGUUACUGUAUGUAUGCAGUAUGGCUUUGUUUAGAAGAUUACCAAGCAUUCAGAUGUUGGUAUCCUCUUAGGAAAUGUGCAUACCACUUAAAAAUUCAGUAAUGCUGAAAGUUUGAGGUGCCUGUGGAUAGUUGGCUCAACAGAGCUUAACAACUUAACACGCCAAGCACAGUGGCUUUUACCUGUAGUUCAGCUACUCUGGAGGCUGGGGAAGAAGGAUCACUUGAGCGCAGAUGUUUAGGCUAGAUUGGGGAACACAGUGAGACUGUGACUCAAAAACAAAACAAAAGUCCCCAAAGAAACUUCUGUUUUGGGUCUGAUCCUCUUUCGGUAGAGAAAAACUGCACCAGCAUGGAAAGAAUGAAUCCUAUAGCAUACAAGUUAUUUUCUAGGGUUAGACUGAGAUAAACUUCAAACUCAGGAGCUGGCAUCAAACUAGUUGUCUUUUAGUCAUUGUGAAUUACAUGCCUUGUUAACACUGGAUGAAAAGUACAUGCUAUUUAUUGUGCCCAAAGUCUCCCAAAGACCUCAGAGGGAACAUUCUAGUGGCCUGAAUAUGGAAUUGAGUUGAAAGUCCAAAUCUGGAAUCAACAGUAAAGCUUCAUAAACCAUGUUUUCCAUACUGUGAGUUAGUUGUGUUUUCCCAUAUACUAAUGUGGCUGAGGUCCCCUAUUUUAUCACAGUCCUUAUGUACAGUGAAGGUUAGUGACAAGCACACAUUUUUCUUGCUUCACUGCCAUUCCGUAUUACACAGGUGUUUUUGUUUUGUUUUGUUUUAAAGAAAUUAAGUGGUAGUUAGUCUCUCAAAAUACAGUGUUUCAGGCUACCACAGUGAAUAAAUAGAAAUAUAAUCAGGGAUAUUAAAAAAAAAACUUAUGCAGCUUUUCAAAGUGAAUUGUUUCAAAAUUGGUGUUUAUUUAAAAUAAGUGGUAAUGUACUUGAAUGCACUUUUUAUGACAAUGAUUCAGUAAUGGUAAUUUUACUAUUAAAGAAAGUGAAAGGUUUAGUUUUGUUAGCAUGACUCAGCAUGCAGCUGUCAGGUGUUUCUUUCCUAAGGGCAAAAGAAAAUGAUAGUAAUAAUUGCAGUAGUUGUAUUGUAUUGUAUUUUUGCACGUGUGCUAAGCAGAGGCUUGAAGACAUGGUUAAUCAGGUGAAUGUACUUCCUCAAUUUGGAGACAAUUACCUUUCCACAGGUUUGUUAUGCUUAUUUCCAUGUUCUUCCAGUGAUGAUUUAUGGUUACCUAUUAAAUUACUUGUAGGGAACUAAAGUGUUAAGACUUUUUCAUCUGUAUGUUUUGUUAACUGAAUAAUAGCCCUAUGUGAUAUGUUAACUACAAACUGAUUAAUUCACUUAGAUGUUAUGCUGUGACUUGAACUUUCCUCACCACAGUGUAUUAAAAAAGAAGCACCAACAGCUUCCCAUUAAGGGUCA